AACUAUAACGGGGCUUAUUCAUUUUGUCACGGCAGUCUUCCUCUUCCCUACCAGUGACUCAUACAAGUUAACGUUAUGAUUUGUAAACAAGGCAGAGUCAGCGCCAGAAACAUUUGCAGGACAAGUGGCAGGCCCACGAAUCUCGUGGACAACUCUUUUAUAUUCAUGACGCUUGAGACUCGACGAAGAAAAUAUAACGAUCAGACUCCACGCUGGUGUGGAGUUUGCGAAAAUAAAGAGGCACGUGUGAAACUUCGUAAUGGGCGAGAUGACGCCAUAGUCACCGUUGUGAAGGCGCAUGGCGGGGUGAAAACCUGCACCAUAGAAAUUGAAGUGGGUAGAGAAAGUGGCUGUGUUGAAGAAAAUUUCCAAAGCAGAUCACACAAAAUUGAGCAAGAAGGUGGUGAAGGGAUUCAACUUCAGUCAAGCUAUUUCUUGGAUACUAAUGUGACCCUGCAAAAAAGGCUGUGCCCAACUUCCAUGAGAUCGGUCUUGCCACGGUACACGAGAAGGACGCGCAAACAAAGAGCUACCAGACAAGUCUGCUGUGCUUUGUGUGGUGUCAUUAAGUACACCCCACCUGUGAGAAGGAAGCUGGCCCCUCGCAGGGUUCCCAAAGUAAGCAGUGUCUGUGUGAAGGAGCAGGACAACCAGGUGUCUGGUAACUCCGAGCAUAAGCCCAGAAAGCUGGUGAUCUGGUUGAGCAGGUAUCCUAAGGUAAAGCUGUGUGACAUAGGGCGAGUAUUUGAGGUUUCACGUCACUUUUCCUGCUCUCUCCCUCCGGCCCUUUUCACCUUCAGGCAGAGGAACGGUGUGCACUGCUUCAAGAAGCAAAUCUUAGCGCUAAUGUGCCAGGAGCUCCUUGGAGAUGGGAACGUCAGCACAAGCAGUUUCUGCCAGUCACCGCACGACAAUCUCAGCGUGUUAAGCUGCGGCUCAGGGUCAUUGGCAGUUGGAGCUGACUUGCCCAUUAAAUGGUCGAAUGAUAGACAAAGCACUAACACAGGACAGGAGGAUGUUACAAAAAAGAGAAAGAAACAAAUUACUGAUGAGGUGUUUCACAUAACUAACAAUGACGAAGACCUUUUUUUUUUACCAUGUGAGGUCGAUACCUGCCAAAGGGCACGGGUAUUUGUCCGGAGAAAUCGCUACCUUUGCUCACGCACAUACAUCACCUGGCCAUUUAACCGCAAUGACCCACCGCCUUGUGCGAUGUCACCGUCAUGCAAAUCCGCUGCAGGGGUCUCUGCAUCUCCCAGGAACCCAUGUGUAUCCUCUCCGGAAUCAAGGCAAAAUAGAGAGGACAUUGAGAACAUGGUUAGAGGGCAGGUAAGAAGUGAACAAGUGGUUGUACCAUCUCUGUUGGAAGAGAGUGAGGUGAAAUCAUCAGCUGCCCAGGGCAAUCAGUUAACUUGCGUGCCUGGAAUAUUCCACCAAAGUUACUAUGACCUCACAAUCUCCAAAUCGGCACAUACAUUUUUAGCGUCAGAAAACGUAGUGUGUCCGUGGCUCAAAAGGGUCCCCGACAAGCCCAUACCAGCCGAACAAGAAACUCCUGUCUCCAGCUCAGCGCCAGGAUCCUCCCUAUAGUGAGUCAUGGAGCAUUGGAGGUAGGUUGGCUGUUGACAGUCAGUCUGCCACCUCCAGUGAGGAAGACCUUUCUAUAGAGGACCGCCAGAGAGACAAAAGUGAAAAUGAUGAAGAGGUUGAGGAUGCUGAUGGAGACACGUUUGACGGCAGUGAUAUUAUGUGUGAUAUGCUGGACCCCGUAUUUUCACCAUGCCAUGAAGCAUCUUCUGUUGCUGACAACACAGUGAAUGAGCUCCAAGUACAUGAGCAGGAUGCCAUUGUGUUGGAUGUAAUAGAUGAUGACCCAGAUCUCUUUGGGUCCAUGAUGACUGAGAUAAAGCAAAAACCAGUCCAGACCCAGUUAAGUAUAGAAAAAAGGGCUACUCACUUCACAAAGCCAGCCAACAGCACUAAAGAGAAACUUUCUGACACUGACAGAUAUGUUGGAGAGCCAACUGUCAAUGCAGAGGUGAAAAAUAGUCUUCAGUGUGAGGAGGAAGCCCCGGAUUACACCUCAACAAGAAGGGUGCCAUUGUUAGCCUGGCAGCAGCUGGACUCAGGUUGGGGACAUGUUUAUUUUGCAAGAGAAUGAGAUUGAUGGCGAUGAUAAGUCUGAGGAUUGGAACUCCGGCUGGAACUCCUGGAGGAAUUCGCCCUCAAACCUAAAGCAGAACACAUGCAACACAGAUAAUUUCACACUUAUGAAGAAUGGAGGUACAUCUAGACCUGCAACCUAUGGCACUUACUGUAAAUAUUACUUCAGUGAGAAUCACUCCUGUUUGAGGAAUACCUGCAGUUUCCUGCAUGUGCCCCGGAGUGGGGAUGAAAAGUUCUGCAUGGCCACAGUGCAGAGGUUUACUGUGUCGACCAACCCGGUGUAUGUCAAGCGAGCUGUUGACGUGUUUACAGGCUACUAUAAGAUGUGUUCUCCAGGCUUGUGUUUCAAUGUUGAGGUGGUGACCGGACUUCUGGCUUCGCUAAUCAGACUGGGCUUCCUGUCUGACACAUUCGUUGCACUCAACUUGCUACUCGGACAUAAUAUACGGCCCCCAGCUGAAUGUGUGUUGGCAGUUUUUGAGCAUGCUUGCAAGAGAAAGUUUAACAAAACUGUGCCCCAACUUAUAUACCUGAUUUCCAAGGUGGUCGAGAAUGGUUGUGUGUUUUCUGUGGAUCAGUGUGAAAGGCUGCAGAAAUGUCUCGAGUGUUUGAAUGCCCCUCAAUCACAAAUGGAUGUAUUCAUCGCGGUCAAAUGCAGGGCGCUGGCUAACAUCUGUGUGUCCCCUGAGAUGUUUAACGUAGCACAUGCCUUUAUCGAUUUGGAGCUUUGUAAAAAGCAGGAGGACUGGAAACAGAUGGCGGCGGUGUUUCUGCGUGUGUGUGCGAGCCCCUGCACCACCAGCCACCUGCUCAAGUUCUGUGUGUCUGUGGCCACUGCACUGCUGGUGGAGUCAUCUCAGUGCAGGAACUGGAACUGGUUCACUGGCAACUUCAUCUUGUUGCAGGAACUGUUUCACAGCGUAGUCAUUUCUUCAGUACUUUGUGUGUGUGUAACAGCGGUCACUCAGGUGUCAGAUGAAGGACUGGACCGGAACUUCUUGGGCAGAAUUGGAAUCUCCGUGCUGAUCCACUAUCACAGGACACAGCAGUGGAGCAAGGGACAGAAGAUUGUAGAAAUAUUGUCUCAGCAACAGCCAUGUUACUCUGUGAUGAAGGGGGUUUUUAGUAACGAGGAUACCACCUCACGUUGUUCCCUCAUAACCAUGGCAACAGAACUUCACCUGCAUUCUGGUAGCAUGGAGGGAGCCCUGAAUGUCCUGAAGGAGAACAACUGGUUUGUGAGCUGCAGCAAGUGGCCGUGUGAGCGUGGGGAUGUGAUGCACCGCGUUGCUGUCCAGACGCGACUGGCCCAGUGCACCUCUCACAGGGACGCACUGGAGGUCCUCAUGCACCUCCCGGGCCUACAGCCACUUGACGAUUCGACUGAUGUGGGUGAAUACACAGGCCUGUUCAAUUCCCUGCUGAGGUCGUGUUUGGAGCGGAGUGCCUUGCUCGUUGCCGCGGAUGCGCUGGAGUUCAUGCUGGGCAAUGGACUGCAUGCAGAGCUGUUGCUGGUCCAGAACCUCAUCUGUGACCUCGGCAAGCGCAACCGCUGGAAUCGUGCCCGAAUACUUUUCCAACGUGCCCUGAAAGUGGGGUACUACCCCUUGGUGGAGGUGGUACCAGGUUCCCUGGUUCUGGAGUUGCCGAGCUCUCUGAACGAGGUGGAGAUGGCCGUAUGUCUCGAGAUGUUCAUGUGCCGCAACAUCCCUCACUCUCCCGAUAUCCCCAACAUCAGUCCUGCUCCAGUGGUUACCCUGAAAAGGGCUUCAAACAACGGUUCUGUUCCUGAGAGUGAAUACUUGUCGGCUGGCUGCCGGCUGCUCUCCUCAGCCCAGCUCCCUAACCCCAAACUCAGACUGAGCUACACCACUGUCAAUCCACAGCAGGAGCAGGUGUACACCAUCGAGCCAGGCUCCGCCCACAACUGGCUCAGCUACAAUCAUAGCUGGGCCCACAGGUUGUGGUCUGUGUGAUCGUACGAUCAGACAUGCAUGUACAUACUCCACCCAUCAUGCACUUCAAGAUGACAUGCUCAAAUGUAUAGAAUAGAGGUUCAUUUUCUUAUUGUAAGAACAAAUUUUAGUUUGUUUGCUGUUUUUUAAUUGUUUUAUUGUUUUACUGAUAACAAGUUGCAUUGUUUAUUAACUGCUGUUAAGUUAUGUUAAUAAUAUUUACUUUUAAUGUUAAGUGUCUGUUAAUAAUUUCUUUCAUGGUUAUCUUUGUUAAACAAAUUGUGAAAUUUUGCAACUUUUUUUUUUUUUUAUACCAACCUGUUCAGUUAUCAAGCCGGCCAGCCAUAUCUACUGGAGUUGGAACUGUUUUAAGACCACCAGAAAGCUGGUCUGAUUAGCCCUAUAUUGUUUUUUUGUGUUUGGGCCAAGUAAAUAAUAAAUAAACAGCAUUUCUUGGAUGA